AUGUCUUACAAAGAAAUGGGUACAAGUGAAAAAGAAGCUUGCCUUGAGAGAAACAAAUCGAACAUGAAACGUAAAUAUUAUGCAAUCAAUUCUCCUCAAAAAGAAAAGAAACAAGGAGCAUACAAGAAACGAAAAUCAACUAAACAUAAUUUGGACUAUUUCAUAUGCAACUUCCAUAAUAAAAUAAAAGAAGGGCCUUGCUACAUAUGCUCUGUUUGCAACCGACUCUUGUAUAAAAAAUCAGUUAAAUUGCUAAAUAGGAAUAGUUGCAAUUCGCCUGUUCCAAAGUCUGUGUUCACAAACAUAACAUCAUUUGACAACAAGGAAUAUAUCUGUUCAACCUGUCAUUCAAAGGUAGCAAAAGCAAAAAUUCCUUGUCAAGUAGUUUACAAUAUGUCUGUUGAUGAAAUUCCAGUUGAACAUGCACUUCUUGAGAAACUAGAACAAAUUCUUAUUGCACAAAGAAUUGUUUUUGAGAAGAUAAUUAUAAUGCCUAAAGAACAACAGAAAAAGAUGUCUGGAGCAAUAUGUAAUGUACCAGUUGAUUGUGAUCAGACAUGUAAAGUAUUACCACGACCACCAGAAAGGUCUGGUAUUAUAAUGUUAAAACUCAAACGCAAGCUUGUGUUCAGAGGUCAUGUAUAUUUUCAUAUUUUUUCGUCCUCAAUUCAUUGA